AUGACGAUAGAUUCUGCAGACAGUACCCGCAUCUCCAUCACCUUCUUCCGACUUUUCCGGGUGAUGCGGUUGGUGAAGCUGUUGAACCGGGGGGAAGGAGUCAGGACCCUGCUCUGGACCUUCAUCAAGUCCUUCCAGGCCCUGCCCUACGUGGCGUUGCUGAUCGUGAUGCUGUUCUUCAUCUACGCUGUGAUCGGGAUGCAGGUGUUUGGGAAAAUCGCCCUGGUGGAUGGAACCCAAAUCAACCGGAACAACAACUUCCAGACCUUCCCACAAGCCAUCCUGCUGCUCUUCAGGGGAAGAAUCAAACAUCUGGAUGUGGUGACCCUGCUGAGAUGCAUCCAGCCUCCCCUGGGCUUUGGGAAGUUCUGUCCGCACCGUGUGGCUUGCAAGCGCCUGGUGUGCAUGAACAUGCCUCUGAACAGCGAUGGCACCGUCACCUUCAAUGCCACUCUCUUCACUCUGGUGCGGACUGCCCUCAAGAUCAAGACGGAAGGUAACUUUGAGCAGGCCAAUGAAGAGCUGAGGGCCAUUAUCAAGAAGAUCUGGAAGAGAACUAGCAUGAAACUCCUGGACCAGGUCAUUCCACCAAUUGGAGAGGAUGAGGUGACUGUGGGCAAGUUCUACGCGACCUUCCUCAUCCAGGAGCACUUUAGGAAAUUCAUGAAGCGCCAGGAGGAGUAUUAUGGGUAUCGGCCCAAAAAGAACGCCAUUGCUAUCCAGGCCGGUCUGACAAGCAUUGAAGAGGAAGCUGCGCCCGAGAUACACCGAGCGAUCUCUGGGGACCUGACUGCCGAGGAGGAGCUGGAGAGGGCCAUGAUGGAGGCAGCGAUUGAGGAAGGGAUAUACAGGAGGACGGGUGGCUUGUUCGGUCAUGUUGACUCCUUCAUGGAGCGGAACAGGCCCCUGCAGCCCCACGUGACCAACCAGAGACCCCUGCAGUUCACCGAAGUGGGGAGUGAAGACUUGGACUCCCCUGUCUUCCUUGAUGACUUCCCCCCAGACAGGAACACCAACACCAACAACAGCAACACAGCCACACGGAUGUGUGCACCCUGGACUGGAGCCUGCGACGUCGUGCUGGUGGGCCUGCGCCAGCUCCGAGCGACGGGAUACAGGGAAGCGAGAGCCCGCCGCCACUCAGUUCCUUCUCAGCCGCCUGUGGCUCGAGACCGAGUUUUCGGCGGGUAG